UCCGGGUCGCUGGUCGACCUUGGCUGGGGUGGUGCAGACUGUUCACCGCGCGCGUGUCGGUGCAGACCCGCCCCGAGAGCUCCCGGCGGAAGGCAGGGAGGCCCGGGAAUCCCAGAGGGUGGGAGCGGAGCUGAGGCGUCCGCCGGGAGCUUGGUUCCCUACCGCGGGAAUCUGCGCGACUGCUUUUGCUCUUCAAGCCCAGGGCCGAGAUGCUGGGAAACGUCGCUCUUCGCUUCUGCACUCGGAGGCCUUGCUGUUCCGAUUCGUGUCGCUCUGAGAUGCUGGGCCUUGUAGGCCACUUCUCAAAUCAGCGACUUUGAUUUGCAGCCUUCACUCACAGCCUCAGGAUGGCCCACAAAAUGGAAUCAACGGCAAAGAAGAUGUUUAAAGGAAUUUUAGUAGCUGAAUUGAUGGGCGUUUUUGGAGCUUAUUUUUUGUUUAAUAAGAUGAAUACAAGUCAAGAUUUCAGGCAAACAAUGAGCAAGAAAUUUCCCUUCAUCUUGGAAGUUUACUAUAAAGCCAUCGAACAGUCUGGAAUGUAUGAAAUCAGAAGGCAAGAUCAAGAGAAAUGGUUGAAUAGCAAAAAUUAAGACCAGUCAUCACGUUCAGCCUCCCAUCUGAGCUGUUUGAGACCUUUGAGAGGAGAAGAAAGAUGAGUUUAAUCCCRUUAUAGACUCUGGACUACCACAGAACAUCCUACCAAGUAACAGGAACUUAAGGUCUGCUUUGGCCUGUGGCUUCCCACCCACUAUGCAAACCUACACCUUGUUCGUUGCUCCUGUUUUUAUUGUCAAAGAUUAAUAUUUUACAAAUAAAUGACUAAGGAAGGAAAAGGAAAAAAUGUUCCGAAGAUUUCAUUUCCCUGGAACACUUUUACUUGUAAAGAAAAGAAACAGUAACUAUUAAGAUUAGAAAUGCUAGGCAAAUGCUCUACCACUACCASUGAACUAUAGCCCUAGACAA